CCAUUGAGAGCGAGCGGAUGGAUAAGCCAGCUCUGACGUCACGGUCACGUAGGAACGCUCGACGGCAUAUCGUCGUACUCCCCGCCUUCUUCCACCAGUAUUCACGUACGCGUUGUCGAUGUUGCGUGAGCGGCAGCUUGGAAUCGUAAAAGACGCAGCCAGAAGCUCGGGGUGCGUGUAUGUGGUGUCGGAAUCGACGUUAACAGAACGCAGGACGCAAACAUGGCAGCGCUGAGGACGGACAAGGGCCUUACUCUCGCUGAAUUCUCCCAAAUCCUCGUCGCUGCCGAUGACACGGUCUUCCACAGUCUCGAGAAUGUCAUCGAUAUCUUCAAGAAGGUUGACCAGACCUUCUGCGAUGACGACACCUGUUUCACCUAUCCAUGCACUUUCGAGUCGACUUGCGUCUGCUGGGCGGCCAGUCGUCAGCAAGGCUGCAAUCGCCUCUUCAACCCUCGAGGCGCCGAGGUCCUUCAAUCGAAGAAGGGCCUGCUUUGCUUCCGAACGAUGGACGUUGACGUGGAGGACUUGGAUUCUCUCGAUGACGUCAAGUACCUAUGUCUGUACCUCUGGUUUCUGCGACAACACAGCUGCGUAUCGGCGGUCUACCUGUCCCUUCCCGUCCUGGCGCCCAGGCACGUCUCCCUGUUCACGUCCCUGCUGAAACUUACUGAUGGCGUGCGGGAAUGUGAGAUCCGAGGCAACGAUCCCUUCAUGGGACCUUCACUUCCCAUGGCUGGAUUAACCGCGCUCAGGUCCCUCUCCAACCUGCGAGAGCUGGGGCUCGCCACGGUUCACUUGACCGACGAUGAAGUCGACAUCCUGGCCCGUCUCGUGGAACGAAAUGAGUCACUCGUAGCCCUCGUGCUCAUCGACGUCGAGAUGAGCGUGGUCGCGUUCCUCGACCUCGUCGUCAAGGUUACCGAACACAAGAAACUGCAGGACUUCCGCGUUAAGAUGAACGCCGUGGAGCACAAUACUAUGUUCGACGAAGCUCUCGGUCUGAUCGGCACGUCGGGGAGCAUCUUGAGGUUGCACGUGCACGUCGACCGUGGUUUGGUGAGUCUGCUGCGGGGCCUUAUCAGCUGCCCGUCGAUUAGUGAGCUCAUCGUGGAGAAUAUGAUCGAGGACGCGCAAGCGCUCAGCGCGCUCGCCAAUUUCCUGGAGAAGCAGCAGUCUUGCAGGUGUUUGAAGGUUUGCAUCGACGCCAAGAAACUGGAACGCGUGGACGGUGCGCUCGACGACAUGCAGCGAAUUGUCGGCAAGAGUUCGCUGGAAGUCCUGGUACUCUCCGGGUCAGUGUUCGCGCCUCUGUCGGUUAGGCGACUCGCCGACGGGCUGGCGAUGAGCAAGACUUUGAAACAGCUCCACUUAGACGAAUGUGAGCUCGCGUGCGCCGACGUGCUACGCUUCGUGACGGCCACUAAAGAGCGCACUAAGCAAGGCAAAUUCGAGGAGCUCAACUUGGGAGCAGUCACUGGCAGUGGCAGCCAGUUGUGUGAUAUGUUCAAGGCCAUGAUAGACGCACACGUCUGCCACAUAAUUACUCUCACAUACAGCGACUGUCUCGUACCAGCCCUGGGAGACUCUCUUCGAAAUAUUCAGAAUGGCAGCAAGUUUACCAAGGUGACCCUCUCCUACGGCGAAGAAACGGAAGUCGAACCUGCCCUUAAAGCGCUGAGGCUCACGGAUAACACACUGAAGAGCCUCUGCAUAGACUCUCCCCGCGAACUCAGCAUCCUGGGCGGCCAGUUUCUGGCUUACCUCAUCCGCAACUGCAAGUCGCUGACUGUUCUCCAGCUGCGGUGCGGCACAAAGGCCAAGGCGGCCAGGCAGAUCCUCAAGGCCAUAGCUCAGUCUAGGAGCAUCGUGGUCCUCGCCAUCGAACGAUGGUGCUAUAAGGACGAAGUGCACCACGACCUCGUGCACCACGACCUCGUCGACAUGCUCGGUCAGAACGAGAGCCUGCACCGGCUCGAGUUCUACCUUCGAGACGUCCAAGAGUACGAGAACUUGAAGCCGCACCUCGUCCAGGGUGUCUCCGUCCACGAGUACCUGACUUCCCUGAAGAUCUACAUCGGCGAGCAGCGCGAAGAGCUUGUCGUGCGUGACCCCGUGCUGCUGGAGCACCUCCGCCGGAACGCCAUCGUGCAGGACUGGACCACGGACAUCAUGCUCAGGGGCUUCUUGGCUCCUGAGGCCGCCGGUGCUGUUGAGGUUCUGGACGCCUGCGAGUCACGUCUUGACCUGCUUCGGCGGACGGGCGCCUUCUCUCCGCGUACUGCCGACAAUCGCCUCCACUUGGCUCGCAUGGCGACCAGGACGAAGUACUACCUCCUGCUCGCUGCAUACCGCGGACACGAAGAAUUUGCUUGGUCGCCUGAUAGCCAAGAACGUUAUCGAAAAAUUCUGUCUUACGUGCGUGACCAAGCGUUAAACAUUAAGGGAAUUCCGCAGGAGCGCACUCCGCCUAGCAACUGUACUGAGUGCGACAUAGGUCGUUACUGAACAUUUUUCACGUGCGUAGGUAAACGGCACCUGCUCAGAUGUUGCAUGAUACCGUAGCUUGUGGACGUUUACAGUCGGCUGGAUGUUGCAUGCCGGUCCUGUUCUGACCAUAUUUCAACACCGAUUUUCCAGUGCUGUGCUCAUUAUUUUGCAGAUGUUAUUUUUAUAUAUUUAUAGGUAGCUUAUCCCGUGCCUCUACGUGUUUUCGGAGGCAUAUUGGCCCGGAAAGGUCAUUGAGAAUAUUUUUGUUGUUCUUAUACAGGGACGGGAUGCGCUAGUUUUGGAGGAUACAUUAUACACGAAU